AUGAGCUCCAGAUGGGUGUGUGUCUUGACUGGGAUCUAUGGAACAGUAAGAGGUCCUUAAUAUGAAUUCUAAAAGAUGAGUAAUACUUCUGUUGAUGAAUCAUUAAAAAACAUGGACCUUAAAAUACCCUAAAUUUAAAAUAGAAAAAAUGAACAGCUGUACUGCCACAGUACUCUAUCCACCCCUCUGAGCAAUACACAGCAGCAGCAAACCAUCAGCUGGCUACACACAAGUCUUUGGACAUCUGCACUCUGGGGAUGUAGCAAAACAUUGUAGGAUUUCUCUAAAUUUAACACCACUAGUAAAUUUACGAAGGAAAGAGAACUUGUGCCUCCUUGUCCAGAUCUUACUGUCACUUUAAGUCAACCUCGCUUUUUGCCCAGUUUGUCAGUGGUGUGAUUUCCUGGCAAGAGAAUCCAUAAGUCUGCUGAGUUGGAAAACAUGCCCUGUCAUGUCUUGGUGCAGCUUUGCCUUUCCCAGAACUCAGUUUAAUAUAACAUGAUAACAUGAUAUUUGCGGUUUUUUGUUUGUUUGUUUGUUUUUUUGUCGUUUUUUUUUUUUUUCUUAAUUUUUUUCAUAGUUUUAUGAUCACUGACUCUUUACGUUCCUACAAGGUAACACUGUUUCGAUUCAGAAAGCUAAAAAGCUGUAUUACAGAAACUGGUUCAGCCACUUGUAAUUGUUGUAAUAAACUUAAAACCCAAAACAACUUGAGAAACCACUUCCAAUAAUUUUUGACAAAGUAUAACCCCUUACAAAGGCUCAUAAGUGUAAGGGGUUUACAGCAAUACUAAUGGUGUGCCUAAAAUAAAGUUUAAAGUGCAUCAGUCAUUUAAAUAUGUACACAGAUCCUUUAAUAAAAACAUGGCAAUGGUGUUGACUUUUACUUUGAUAUAUUGGGAGCUGAUGGUUUUCACGAUCCUGUUGAACAAGCUCAGUAGGAGAGUUGUGGGCUAUCCAUGAUGAGCUGUAAUGUGUACUCAGUGGCUUUUCAAUAGGUCUCAUGUGUUACCAUUAUUUUCACUACAACAGGAUGGACAUGCAGCUAUAAUGCAGAAAGGCUGGUGUUGUAACUUGAGUACCCUUUUCACUGACUUCUCACUGGUCUAUGUUAUAUAGGCCCCAGUUUCCUGUACAUCAACAAAGCAUCUUAUGGGGCUGACACAUUAAAACUCAGGGGACCUAAAGAAGCACAACAAUAUGAUUACUGUGGAGAAGUGAAACUCUAGAAAGCUAAAUGGCCUUGAAUCACAGGAGGGAUGAGAACAGCUACAAAGCAACAUCAUUAUCAAACAAAUCAUCAUCAAUAUCUCUUUCUUUAAUGCUGGCAGACUCAAAGCAGUAACAUGAACCCCAUUUAUUAUUUUGAGUCACAUGGAUGGUGUUGUAUUGGCACCCAUUUAACUUCAACUAAUGGGCCAAAAACACCUAUAUGGAGAUAUGUUCAUGAAUCUUUAAAUUCCAUUGUGAUACUGUACUGUGAUCUUAAUUACUUUUAUGUGUUUUUAACAUGUUUGUUUCUGCCUAAAACUCUCCUCUCUGUAAUGCUUGUUGUUACACCCAACAAGUCGAAUCUGUCCGACUCUCGCACUCUGGAAGAUAUCUGAUUGCCAUCCUCUAUCAGAUUAAAAACCCUUGUUAUCAAAAGACUAGGCUAUAAUAGAUGCUGUGACAGUGCAGGCGGAUUGCACUGUCCAGAUGAUCAGGCAGCCCAAGCUAAUUUCCCUCGAGCAGCAGCGACAGCCCGCCCGAGGUCGGAUCCAUCUAAUGGGAUGGGGAGUGUGGGAGGGCCCGACCACUGGCUGUAUUCAGCAUCAUAAACACUUUAACAAGCUAGACAACGACAGGCUCGUUUAAACCGGAAAUACAUUAAGUCUGCUUUUAAAGUUAGACCAACUACCAGCAUCGGAAUAUAUAAAUAAUAAACCCUCGGUGGUUACCACAAUACUGCUAUUGACUGUAUGGAUAACUUCGUACCGCCUUCUGCCAGUAUACGGAUUUGAAGCCAAAAAGCUCUCAGUAGUUUCGCGUUUUCUCUCCAUUUCCUGAAAGCAAUAUUGCGCAGUAGCGUUGUACUCGUUCCACUACUUGCGCAGUAGCAUUGUGCGCAUUCGGCGGGAGAGUCGCUAGAAGACGUGUAGUUCUCUUUAUACUACAGUUAAAGCUUAACUAACAUUAAGAGACCUCUGGCUGUUGAAACACACAAUCUUGCAGGUAAUUUAAGCUCAGAUGAAGAAUAAUACAUUUGAUGUAAGGGUUUCUGUUUUAAAAUUUAACUAGGAAAAUUGUUUUGUUUAUUUCCGGUCACUCGGUGCAAUGUAAGCCGAGCUAGCUAAUAAAAGCUAAGUGCUGACAUGACAGUUUACCUCAGUUAGGGCUACUUUUUUUCUUUGUAGAUUGUAUAUUCAGGUUGUUUUCAUUGAUUCUCUCUUUACGUUUAUAUUUACUGUGUUUUCACUGUUAAAAAUUCAUCAAAUCAGUGUUUCACCAUUUCAUCAACAGAAAUAUAAUUAGGCUUAUAGCGUAUUUGAGGUCAUGCCUUUCUGUACGUUCGUUGUAAGUUAGCUCGAUUACUCUUCUUAAAUAUUUUUUCUUGGCUCCAGCUCAAACUUUUAAGGUUACCCGUAGCUGUAUUAUUUCGAAAGGACAGACCGGAUGUGUCAUAUCAACAAUGUGUUUGCCUUGACAGUGCCAAUCUCACAAGUGAGUGAAAGCCCAGUAGCAUUAACGAUUAGAGAGAGAGCGGUGCCAUCCGCAGACCCACGGGGCUUCACCUGCAACACAUAACAACGAUUUUCAGGGAUUCAUGUCUCAAUUUCUUUUUCUGGUAGAAUAAAAGGUUGUCUGGAUGACUACAAAGAGAUCUCCUUUUUGAGAAAGAGCAAAGGACGCGUUUCUUCUAAGUGCAUAUCUAUGGAAUAAAAACAGGUAAGGUGGUACACUCAGUAUAUGGAUCAUGUGUAAAUAUCGAUGCAACUGUCAUAACAGUAGGCAUAUGUAGGCUUUUAGCUGAGGAAAAUCGCUUUAUUGUUUUCUUUUUCCUGCUGUCUCUUACACAGUAAGGUGACCAGUCCCGUUAUGCCCCCUGGAAUGUGGGCAAAAUCGCAGCGCAUUGUGCUGAUGUUGCACCGUCAGUGUCGCUAUAACAAGUCCGUCUUUUUACCUCAACAGAUCACUGUAAAAUACAGACUGAAGAUCGCUUAUGUAUUGUGGUUUCACAUUUUUGAUGUUGGUUGGUAAUCGAGUGCUCCAUGCAAAUCUUGGACAGAUCGGGAAGGAAGAAGCCGAAAAAAAAACCCGAGUUGCCACAAUUCGCUGGAACUGAGGGUUUCAGUUUUCAGGCAGUUCUGAUCACGUUGGAUGCCACUCGCGCAGAGGUGCAGAUUUUCAAUCUGUCUGACAACAGCUCAAGAAAGCGCCAAACUGUGUAGGAAUAGAGAAAAUCAAAGUACAGUUCAAAGCUACAUUUUGACUCCAAAAAUGUGCUUGUGGACUUUGCAGGCAUGUCGGUCACUCCCUUAAAUAGCAUAGAGAGGAGGAGAUGAGGUUUGGAUCUCACUUUAAUGGCUACCAGAUGUUUUCUGUUGUAAUAAUCAUUAUGCAAAUACUACAAAAUGAUUCUGGAUUAAGCCUAAAUCUCUAAGCACACAAUAACCAACUAACAUUGGUUCUGUUUAGCAUAUGGUUUGUGCCAUGAAAUCAUCAUUGUCAUAAUUGCAGAGCUAUCAAGCCCAAAUCUAAUUUUAUAACAUGCUUACCCAUUCUUCAUCUUAUUAUAUGGAAUAUUUCUGUAGAGGGAAAACCAGAUAGGAGAAUUGUGAGGUGGAAUUCAUUCCCCCUGAAUCUAUUUGUUUGUUCGCUCGUGAAUUAUUGCUAAAAUUAACAGAAACUUUCUGUAAAAUAAAUACAAUACACAAGCUUUUGCGUAUGUCUCAGGAAAUAAAUCCACGAGCUCCUUCUGCAUGCUCAUAAGUGUAGAUGCUGUACAGUAGCAGUGGGCUGCUGUGUGGGCGGUUUAACCAGAGGACAGAUGAGUAGGCUUAUCCUGCGUUCAGUGAAUCAGCCUGCUAUUAGAGGUAUAUGUGGGAGAUCUGGCAGACAAGGUCUGCAAACGAGAGUUGUUUUGACUUGGGGAGUGCACAGAAAACAUAAUACAUGUUUUGUCUGCGGUAUUUUGAUGUUGCUUAACUUACAACCAAGAUGUUUGUACAUGCACAUAAGAUAUUUGCCUGUUUUUUGAUCCAAUAAACAUCUGCAGGACUGGAACUGAAAUUGCAAAAGAGGAACACAAGCGGCCACAACAGCAUGUUUAUCUUCAGCCAAGUUUCCUGCCCCGGGAAAACCCUGCCCUUCCUACAAAAAGUUCUUGAGCCACGCUGGGUUGUCCACAUGACACACACAGGCUCACACACUCAUCAUUUCCCUUGCAGUGUCUUAGUCAUACCUUUGAGUUCACUAGGAGUGAAUCCAUUUCACAAAACUCUGUCAAUGAACUCUGUUAGCUUCCCAAGUUUUGAUGAUUGUGAAAAUUUUCCGCAUUACAAGCAUCAACUUGCAACUUUUGUUCUGUCCAUACUUAAGCAUGCACACUCAAUCCACGCCUCAGUCAGAAAAGAGUUUUAAUGGUGAACUGAUUUAACUCUCAUUAGCUGGGAGAGGGCAGGGGAGCAUUCCAUCCAUUUUGUGGCUAAUGAACAGAGUUCUUUGAAGAGUAUUGAGAAGGCCUAUUGUGAAACGCCAUUGUCAGCCUGCUCGCUGCCACGGUAACACUCUCACACUGGCAGUGGGAAUGAAAUGCUGCAGUCAGAGCUGACAAAUGCUUUGCCAGAAAAUGUGAGAAAAGGAAGAAAAAAAAAAGCCUCACUUCACCUUGACUGUAGUGAGUGAAUAGAAAUCCAAUUUGUGGGAUUUUUCACAAGUCAUUGCUUCUGAGGGAGAGAUAUGCAAGAUAUCUGCAAGCUGCGUGAAACUGCGUGGUUUACUGAUGAAGGAGCACCAGAAAGACUUCUAAGAUCUCUAAUGCCUUCCAGGCUAGCUCAUGUAGGAACUUUUUAGCAGAGCAAUAUGUUUGUGCAUACUCGUACCUUAAUGUCUCAUUUGUAUAUCUUUAAAAUGCCAAGAAGGAAAUCAACAACAGGAGGCAGACUCACACUGUUCAUUCAUCCCAGAUCACCUAAUCUAAGAGGCCACAGCUCAGAGAGAAAGUAUUUUUGGAUUAUUGGAGAAAGCUUUCCCCUUUUUUGGUCUGAACCCUUAUCCUGUUGAUUCUGUUAGCGUGUGAGAACAUGUUUAUACUCGUUGCAUGAAUUGCUGUGCUACGUUUAUAGAAGCUCUAAGGUGACGCAGCUCGGUUAAAUGAGGUGGCUGUGCUCUUGGGUCAUGCCGGAAAACUUAAAGCACUUGUAGGAUCAAUGUAUGCAUUCAGAUCCAUGUCAGAUAUGUUGGUUUAAGGAUUCAAAACUUUCAUCUCCCUGAGUUGUGUUACAAGUCGGUCUCGGGCAUGUUUUCUAAUGUUUUCAUCAAAGCAUAUGUUUGAAAAAUUAUUAAUUCAUAUUAUUUACUGUAAAAAUUUCAGUCUAGACAACAUCGAGGCAUGCUAUGUGGAGAGUUUUGACAAACUGCCUGUUUGUCUAUUCUCUUUCAAGCAGGAUUAAGUAGGAAUGUUUGGCAGGGCUGGUGAUGACUGGACUGCUGACAUGAAAAUGCAGAGCUAUCAUUUCCUUUUCUUUUCUCUUUUCCUUUCUGAUAAGGCCCCAUGUUGGCCUGUUUCCUGUAGUCUGGAUAGCAACGGUGAUUCUGUGUACUGGACAAAAAAAACCAUUGGCGAGCCCUGCAAAUAGACACCAUCAGCAGGCUAUAACAAGAUGAUUUCCUUUAAUUAAUUGCUGAAAAUGAUCAAUAUACAUAAACAGUGACUAAACGCUGUUUCUCUUCCAUCCUACACAGCCAUCAUGUCAGGGAAGUCAGAUAUAAAGAACAAGUGGGCGGCAGUCAGAGGCCGUCUGGGCUCCUCGCAGGACUCGGACACCCAGCAGGAGGCCAAUCUGGAGAGCGCCGAUCCAGAGCUUUGCAUCAGGCUGCUGCAAGUCCCCACUGUGGUUAACUACUCAGGGCUGAAGCGCCGCCUGGAGGGCAGUGACCAGACAUGGAUGGUCCAGUUCCUGGAGCUAAGCGGGUUGGAUCUCCUCCUGGAAGCCCUGGAUCGGCUCUCAGGGCGGGGAUGCUCUCGUAUUGCAGACGCCCUCCUGCAACUCACCUGCGUCAGCUGCGUGCGGGCGGUCAUGAACUCCUCUGCAGGCAUCGACUUCAUUAUAGAGAAUGAAGGAUACAUACGGCAGCUCACACAAGGUUUGAACACAUCCUUCAUGGUGUCACAUGAUUAAAACUCAGAGUGACUUUAUACAUUCAAAGAUGAAAUCAACUGUAUACAUUUUCUAUAAGAUAACCUUUUUGAAAGGAUAAGAAAAAAUUGGGAAAAAAUGGUGAAUAACACACAACAAAGAAGGCUUGCAAGACCUGCCUGCCUAGAAGUCUAGAGCUGGUGAAUAUGAGGUGUACAAUAUAACUGUUGAGCUAAACCAGGGCCAUGAAAAGAGAUGAUAUCAAAAAUGUGCUUAAAAAUCACAUAAUUGAAUGAAUUUAAGGAUAGCCUCUUGAGAUGCAGCAUCUCAUUUUUGAAACGCACACACAGGAAAAGCACCAUCAUACAAAACAACAAGACAUAGCAAGCAUACUUAAGCAAUAACGAAACAUAGCCACAAAAGAAGCUCUUUCUCUUCCUUAGCCUGUCCCACAACAUCCUCAGUCAAGAUAUUUGAAACAACAUUUUCAUUCAGUAAAAAGUUUCAGGACUCGAGGCACUGCUGUUUUACAUAAUUUGUACCAACUGUACUAUUUGGCCAAAUGGGUCAUUACUCAGGGGACUAAAUGGUUGUCUAUGACUCACUCUGCUGAUCUUGAUCUUCCAGACAUGUAUUCAGCUUUUUGAGCAGAGAUGAAUCAUUCAGAGCUGCCUCACAAUAUCCAUUUGUUGUCACACAAGGUUUUAAAUAUUGAAUUUCCUCUAAGUGAACAACACAUUUUUAUCUAUAGUACAAAGCAACAUUCAUUCUUCUGGGGGCAAAGUUCAAGUUCGGUUGCCUUAAAAUCUGGGGAACAAAACAUCCUGCUUAGGUUCACUCUCUGAAGAGAUAAGGGUAAAGAGAUGACCUGCUUUGCAAACACAGUUAUUUCAACCAGACCUGUCUUGAUGUGGCUGAUCUUUAUACUUCACAGCCUUGGACACUUCCAACAUCAUGGUGAAAAAGCAAGUAUUUGAACUGCUUGCCGCCCUCAGCAUGUUCUCUGCAGAAGGCCACCGCCUGGCGCUAGACGCCCUGGAUCACUACAAGGCAAGUAACAGAAACAUGGAAAAAAAAGUCACACCUGAAACACCUGUUUUGGAAAAGUGAAUCUGCAUCUAGAUUUACCUCACAUGACCCCACAUCAUCAUUCUGGCUUCAUAGACUACCAUGUUAUGCCCUCUAGUGGCUGAUUGAAUAUACAGGUUUUAUAAAUCUUUCAAACCUGUUCUUUUCUUUUCAGUGAUACUUACAUUGACUUUGAUUUCCCCUUCAGGGUGUGAAGACACAGCAGUAUCGCUUCAGUGUAAUCAUGAACGAGCUGCAGGCCACAGACAACAUCCCGUACAUGGUCACACUGCUAAGUGUGAUCAACGCCAUCAUCUUUGGGGCGGAUGACCUGAGGCAGCGUGAUAGGACAAGAAAAGAGUUUAUUGGUAAGCUUUAUUUCCAUCUGUUAUUUAAAAAGCAAUUAGUAGUGUAAGAGUGGCAUCAUGAGCUGGGUCACUGUGGGGAACGGUUAACCACUCUGAUGAUGAAAUGAGUGCACAGAGAGGAAAGCAGGCCAUCAGCAGGAGCUCUAUUACAAAUAUCUCUGUCACUGGGUCUGUCUAAGAAUAGGUCUGAUGACCUCAUUGUUACUGAGACUCAGGUAUUCUUAAAUUUUAGGCCAUAACAAGCCACAAUCAAAAGUUUUGCUUUAAAUAGGGUGACCAUAUUCUGAUUUCCCAAAAAGAGGACAUGACUGUGUGGGGGCGGAGUCACGGAGUCACACAAAGUUAAUUUUGAGAGUUUUUCGGGUAGGAUCAAGUGUCAUUUACACGCUUCUAACUCAGUAAGUCCACAUGACACAAAAUCAGAACUGACGUACAAAACCGCAGACUUUGAAGGAUUUUAUAAACUUCCCCAGACAAAGCCGGGGGACAUGUCCAGGUAAAGGAGGACUCUUGGUCACCCUAGCUUUAAAGACGCCAUCUUUGCAAAACCACACUGAUUUAAUUUGAUUUUACCAGAAAUGCACUUGUGAGAAAUAUUGCUUCCCACCACCUUGAACCAAUCAGCCAUUUGUUCAGCCACUCCCCUUCUGUGAUUGUUCACCUGCCACUUCCUGGUCAAAAGCACUAACAUAUUCCAUUGUGGAGGAGAGAUACAAGACACCUUUUGAGGAUAUUUUUUUUAAAAACUGAUAAGUGCUUUUGUUCUGAUACUGUGGGCUUUAUGUUUGAUUGUUGCAGGGCUUCAGCUGCUUGAUAUUCUGCCAAAGUUAAGGUGAGCCUUUCUCCUUCUGCUGCUGCACAUUUUAUUUUGUCAGACUCCUAAUCAGGAAUGCAGCUUUUAUGCGACAAAGAGUCUUUUAAAGGUUGCUUUUAAAGUUCACCGCCAUUUCAAAUAAAACUGUGCUUUCAGGGAAAAGAUGUUUGCAAUUUGAAUCACUUAAUGAGUGAUUCAUCGCUGCUUUCUAAAAACUGAAAAUGGCAUUUAAAUGUGACUAAGUGUCCCCAGCAGUGAUCUGUGUGUGUUUGUGUGUGUGGUCAUGUGGUGUUCAGGGAUCAGGAGGAUGAAGAUUUGAUCAUUCAAUGUGAAGCUUUUGAGGAGGCAAUGGCUGAAGAUGAGGAAGAGUUGCUGCGGAUCUAUGGGGGCAUUGACAUGAGUAAUCACAUGGAGGUUUUCACCACACUCUUCAACAAGGUACCGCUGAUCGGCCCAGACUGUUUUGAUCGGACUAUUUUUUUUCAAACUUGGCCCAAGUCAACAUGUAAUUUGUGCACAAACAUGUGUUGUUGUGUGCAGGUGAGCAGUUCUCCAGCCUCUCUGCAGCUUCUGUCCAUUCUGCAGACAUUGCUGGUGCUGGAUCCAGGCCGCUGUGAUAUCUGGCAAGCACUGGAGGCCAUCACAAAUAGAGCCACACUGUUGGCCCAGGACUGUGAGUUAGACACUGUGGGCCUGUUCCUAACUGCCCCUACACCUUCUCCUUACACACUUUCCCUCCACUUAGACAGUUGUGUAGAAGGUCUGCUGCACUGAGUUCUGUCCAAAACCUCAGUGUGGAGUAGGAGUGGGUUGUCAGACCCUCAAACUGCAAAUCUGAAUCUAUGCUGGCCUGCUGAUCAGGUGUAAUAUUGUUUGUUGUUUAAAAAGACAGGAAAUAGGAGACAGGACUAGUAUUAGUAUCAGAAACAGUGCUCUUUGAUGAAGGGUCAAUUUUGAAAACAGCAGAAAAAAACAAGUUACAUCUUCAGAAAAAAAGGUUAAAAUGCCCUUAUUGAAUUUUAUUGAAGAGGUUAAAAGCUCGCUAAUGGUCCCCUCACUGAUAUAUGAGUAAAGAGGAGAGAUGAUUCAGGAAAACAAAUCCCAGGAAUGAAACUGAAGCAGCUGUUAACAGUAGGGAUCAAAACUCUUGUUUUUGCCAGUUAAAUAAGUUCAGUUUGUGUGUGUGUCUGUGUGUGUGUGUAUGUGUGUUUGUGCUCUAGCUCAGAUGGAGUCCUGCGAGAACAUCAUGCAGAGACUAAUGUUCUCUAAAGGGCAGAGCUGUGUGGAUCGUCAUGAAGUGGAUGGGCUGCUCCUGAAAGUGGAUAAAGCCGUUCAGACCAACAUGGACCAUCAGGACGAAGAGAAGGCUGACAAAAUUCUCACAUCCUCUCAGAAGCCACUGUGUGCCUCUCCUCCCCCACCGCCCCCUCCUCCACCUCCUCCACCGCCAUUACCUGGCGGUUUUGGUGGACCUCCACCACCACCACCUUUGCCAGGAAUGGGAGUACCACCACCGCCACCUCCACCUCCUCCACCACCACUGCCCUGCGGUCCAGGCAUACCUCCCCCACCCCCUGCGCCACCCUUACCAGGGAUGGGUAUCGGACCUCCACCGCCACCUCCCUUACCUGGCAUGCCACCUCCCCCUCCCCCUCCACCACCGCCUCCUUUACCUGGCAUGCCACCUCCACCUCCUUUACCCGGCAUUCCACCUCCACCUCCUUUACCUGGCAUGCCGCCUCCUCCUCCUCCUCCCCCGGGCAUGAUAGUGGCUCAGAGUAGCCAGGUCCUGGGUUGGUCUAUGCCAGUAAAAGCAAGCCGAUGUCCCACUCUGAGGAUGAAAAAGCUAAACUGGCAGAAACUGCGAUCUGUGACAGGUGAGCGAAUGUAACAUUAUGUUAAGGUUUCCUCUUGUAUUAGAUUAUAUUAGAUAAUUUUUAUUGAUCCUUUUUGGGAAGGUUUCCUCAAGGAAAUUAAAACAUCAAGGCUAAGUCAAGUACCAAAAUGCCAACAGUACUUCGAUACAUGAAGGAAAUCUGAAGAGUUUGGAGGAUGUUUUGUCUCUAUCUGUUACGACAUUACUCUCCUCCCUGAGGUGAUUUAUUUUUAAACUGAGCAGGAGAGUGAAGACGCUGUGUGUAAAGUACAACAACCAGGAUGGACUAUUUUUAUAAACAACACUUUACCAAAGGAAAACUUACAAGCCAUGUUUCUGCUUUUGGGUGUUAUUUGAUGAGGCUUCUGCAGGGAUUCCCCCGAGUUUCAAGAAAGAGGGGAUCACGUUAAAUUUAGUUAAGCUUUCUGUGGUGUUGGUAUAAAAAUGGAGCUACAUUAGCUGACAGGUUCCUCUCUUCUUGCGCACACACAGAUGGUCCCUCCAUGUGGGCCUCGGUUCAGAGUGCUCCUCCUCCCCGUGAGCCGGACUACAGCAGUAUCGAGCAGCUGUUCUGUCUCCCAGUGACCGAGCACAAAGACAAGGGGGCAGCUGCUCCUGUCAAGAAGGAGCCUAAAGAGGUGGGCUUGGUCAACACUCAGCAUGGUUUCCAGAUUAGAUUGAGAUUUUCCUGAUUAUCAAGCAAAAUAAUCAAUGUGCCUGCCUAACUCUUCUUGUUUUGUCCGUAGAUUACAUUUAUUGAUCCAAAGAAAAACUUGAAUUUAAACAUAUUCCUGAAGCAGUUUAAAUGGUGAGAUAUAAGUUUAUUUUGAAGUUUUUAAACACAUUUUAGUGACUGUCUAACUGAACAUUUUCAAUUUUCUCUGUCCAGCAAAAAUGAGGACUUUAUAGCCAUGAUUCAGAAAGGGGACCGGUCUAGAUUUGAUGUAGAGGUACUGAAACAGCUUCUAAAGCUCCUCCCAGAGAAGCAUGAGGUUUGUAUUUGUAAUGACUCACCUCAUCUUUAUUGUUUUUUUUACUUGCUCACAAAUCUGCCAUUAAGGGUCCACUUUUAAAAUGGCAAAUGUAUGAGUCACUGUUUUGUUUUUUUCGGUGAAGAUUGAAAAUUUGAAAUCAUUCCAAGGGGAAAAAGAAAAGCUGGCAAAUGUUGAUUGUUUCUACACCCUCCUGCUCACAGUGCCAUGGUAACUUUUCUUGCUAAAGUGCUGGUUAAUUAUGUGCAUGCAUUACAUUCUCAUUCAAACAUAUACUUAUCACGCUCAGCUUCUUACUUACUUUGAUCUCUGGCUUAUUUCCCAAGUUAUCAGCUGAGAAUUGAGUGCAUGUUAUUGUGCGAAGAGACUUCUUCAGUGCUGGAGAUGCUGAAACCCAAAGUGAAGCUGAUAGAGGAGGCCUGUCUUUGUGAGUGAAUCCUCGGCUCAGAUUCAUGCAGUUGAACCAUCCAUACCUUUUUUAAUAUAUACAUAUAUAUCACGCAUUUUUAUGUUAAUGCCAUGUAAUGCAUUUUCAGCCCUCAGAGAGAGCGCGCUCAUACCUAGUUUCUGCAGGCUCAUCCUUGAUGUUGGAAAUUUUCUCAACUACGUAAGAACCUCUUCAGUCUCAUGUUUAUUUCACUGAAUCUGACAUUUAGAAAGAGCUUGCAUUUUUAAUAAUCACUCUACUUUCAGGGAAGUCACACAGGGAACGCUGAGGGGUUCAAGAUCAGCUCUCUGCUCAAGCUUACAGAAACUAAGGCCAACAAGAGCCGCAUAACGCUGCUUCAUCACAUCCUUGAGGUACACUAACUGGCUCACAGCUGCCAUCAAUUUUUUUUUACUGCUUGUUUAUGAUCCUCCUUAAUCAUGGCAUGGCUUUUUUUUAUUUUGCACAGGAAGCAGAAUCAAACCACCCAGAGCUGCUGGAUCUGCCAGAUGAAAUCGAGAUCUGUGAAAAAGCAGCUGGGUAUAGAGACCUUUUAACAUCCACUUCAGCUUAUGUUUUGCCAUUUUAAUUGGUCCUCAGUGGAUGUGUAACAGAGGGAUAACAAGAGGUUUCAUGCUUUGCCCUCAGUGUGAAUCUAGACUCUAUUCAGUCCGAAGCCUGUGCCUUACUGAAACGACUGAGUGAGACAGCCAAGAAGGUCUCCAACUCCACUGAAGAGAUGAAAGAGCAGUAUGCCAAAGUUCUUGAGGUGAGAUGAAGAUACACACUGUUUCCAAACCGAGCCAAAGCUUUGACUCGGUGCUGCUUUUAAGCUUGAUCCAACUCCCAAAAUUCUCUUUCUUUGUCUGCUGCAGGAGAGUGUGGAGGCGUUUCAGGCUCUAAGUGAAAGGUUCACUGCAGUUGAGAAGAAAAAGAGUGAGCUUGCUGUCUACUUAUGUGAGGAUGCCAAUCAGCUGUCGCUUGAGGAACUCUUUGGAACCAUCAAGACGUUCCGUGGACUUUUUAUCAAGUCACUGAAGGUCAGGAAAGACACUAUUGAUGUAGUGCUGCCAUGGUUGUUUAUAUUUAAGGAGUUUUAUGCACUGAAUGUUAAAAUGUUCACGUUUUUACACUUAUAAUACCCACUGAAGAUGAUUAGCUGAGUAUGGAGGCUGUGUUAUCUCUGGAACAUAAAAAGCUAUAGACUUUGGGAAAGCUCAGGGAUACUGUCUGAGAUAUGACACAAAGACAAAUUGCUAAGUACAGUUUGUACUUGGCAGUGAAUGACGUCCUCACUUUUCAUGCUAACAGGAAAACAAAACAAGAAGAGAGCUGGCAGCCAAGGCCGAGAAGAGGAAGAAGCAGCUGGAGGAAGAAGGGUCCAAGAGACAGAAGGGAGAGAACGGAAAAAUAAGUAAGCAAUGAACAGCCCUCCUUGUUCUCUAAAUUCUAAACAUCCCUGGCUGAUGUGUCAUUUGAAUUACAUGUUUGAAACCCUCCUUUUUUUUUUUUUUUUUUUUUAGUCAAGAAAGGCUUCGUGCCACAGGAUGACGGCUGCAUCAUUGAUCAUCUCUUGGCGGAUAUCAGGAAAGGUUUCAGCCUAAGAAAGACCAGGCCAAGGUGCGAUUCGGAAAGCCUCUCUUCUAGUGAAAAGCGUAGGGAUACCUGCCUGUCUGGUAAGGACAAGAGACUGUGGCCUCCAUCUGCAGAUCUAGCUCCUUAGCUCUUCUGCUCUGCAGUGCUACAUAAGCAUUAGCUUUCAUGGAAGUGAUUUUAUUUUCAUGCAGCCAUGUCACUGUUAAUUAUUACCCCACUUAAAAAAAAAAAAAAAAAAAGUCUUCAUGUGUUUAACUUCAUACAUCAGUAUGACUUCUUUCACUCCUCAGGGUCGGAUGUAAAGCCUGUAGAAGAAGAAGCCUCAGAAACAUCCACCACUACCGCUCCAUCCAAACCUCAGGAAGAGAGUCACCAAGCCACCACAGGCAACGUGAACGGCUUCAUCAGCCCAUCAGAAGAGCCUCAGCCACCACUGCAGAGUGCAGUGCAAGAUGGACCAGCUGCACCUCCCAGCACACAACCAGUGACACCAGCCAAAACAAUACAGGCACCCCCAGAAAGGCCGACAUCACUACAGGAGGAGACUCACCUGCAGGAACCUGCAGUUUCACCGCUGGAUACAACACAACCUCAGCCUCAGGUUGAAAAGGAACACCAACCAUGUCCCCCCACAUCAAAUGGCUUUUCACCGGAUUCUACAGAGACCAGCACCUUCAGCCCAUCUUCCCUUUCUGAUUCAGACCUGGUAGAGGCCGUUUCAGGCAGCAUAGUACCUGAGAAACCAAUGUCUGAGGAAGCAGUAAAUACUAGUGUUAUAGAAAGUCCUUCACCUAAUCCAGAAAGUGUGGAACAGAGCGGGAACAAUGUGACGGGAGAAGAGAAUGGUGAAACUAGUGAUGAAAGAAGCCAUUUAAUAGAGACUGCAGGACAAGAGGAGCAGGAACACAUUAUUGUAAAAACACCCAACCAAGAUGAGGUCAUCAGCACCAAACAUUCAGAACCUAAAAGCAAUGUAACCACACUCAGUGAAGACAUUGAGGGGUGUGACGUCCCAGAUGGACAGGAAUCAGAGAUUCAAGAUCUGCCUUCAGCCUCUGAAGCAGUGCCUCCAUCCCUCAAACCGGAACCAAAGAAACAGGGGAGCAUCUUUAAACGAAGCAAAAAGAAGAGUAAUCCAGGUAAUCCAUCUACACUCAUAAAUGAAAAUCAUACUUGGAACGUCAGUCGCUUGAUAUGUCUUAAAGGGAAUUCCUUAUUUGUUUUGUUUUUAUUCCAUUUAAUGUUUUAUAUUUUAUGUAUUGGCUAUUAUAGUGUAUGUUCUUAAGUAUUUAGCAUGUGACAUGCAUUUUAUCUGAGAGUUUGGAUGCAGUGUGACCGUUUGAAUAUUAAAUGGAUGUGAAUAAGGACAGUCUGUUUGAAUGCUCUGUUUUCCAUUCUGAAACACAAGGUAACAGUGGAAAAGGACACACUAAACAUAAAAAAGGCUGUGUGUUGCAGUGAGGUAGGUCACAAAUGGUGGGAUGGCCAACUGUAAGCAGGCACAUCAUCCUAAUUAGUUCAAUCACCGUCAAAGCUUUGUCCUAAAUAACACUUCAUUUGUUGGUCUAACUGGAUUAACUGGAUUUCAUUUGUCUAUGUUGUCCAGCUUAACACUUGCUUGCUCUUCAAUGCUUUUGCAAGUCGGAUGUGGUCAGACCAAAACUGUAACAGCAUUCGACCAAAUGUGUGUUGAGAUGAUUCUAAUGUCCACCAAAUCAGACGGAAAACUAACCCUUAAAAGUACUGUUUAGAUAAGAGGUGAAUCCUCUUUAAUCAGCACUCUGGAAAUCUAACAUCACAGUUUCUGAUCUCUAAGCAGCCUUGCAGUUUGUGAAGUCAUUGUGUAGUCAUCGUGGACUGAGUUAUUUCAUAAAAGUUGUCACUUUUGUGUCUCUACUUCCCAUAUUUUCUUGUCCAUCACGCAAAUCUGCAACUGGGACUGUUUAACCUACUAACACAGUCUCAUGUGCUUCCUGUAAAACUGUUUUAAACUGUUGCACUGACAUGAAUGAAAGAUGCUGUGUAUCACAUUGAUGGUUUACAUAUUUAUUCAAAAAAUGUAAAACCUUUUAAAGCUGAUGUAGUCAUGUUUACAACCUAGACUCUGCCGAAUGUAUUUAAAUACACCAUAUAUCACUGUCGUUGUACAAGCUUCUAAAAAGAAUUAAAGUAUUUAACUUUGAAAAAGUUUUGAUUCAAUUUAUUCAUUUUAGUCUGUCUUUUUCUAGGUGGAUGCAGAAAAAAGAAAUCAAAAGGAAAAAGAAAAUGUUCAAGUUCCUGA